AUGGAUCCUCAUGUCAUCUUUAGCCCAAUGAAAAGCUUCUGCAUGUGUUACGGCGUGAUUACGAGUCAGGACUGGAGUAAGACAGAUGACAGAUUGUUGCAGGCUGUAGAACAGAAUGAUCCAGAAAAAGUUGCCACGCUGCUGGUGAAGAAAGGUCUCUGCCCGUCCAAACUGGACUCGGAGGGCAAAUCAGCGUUCCAUCUUUGUGCGUCUCGAGGACGGUUGGACUGUCUGGAGGUCAUCCUCUCUCAUGGGGUGGACGUCAAUGUAACAGACGGCACUGGGUUUAAUGCUCUCCAUCUUGCUGCUAAGAAUGGACAGUCAGAUUGUCUAAAGAGGCUUCUUCAGGAAAGGAUGCCUGUUGAUGCCACAGACAAUUUUGGGAGGACGUCCUUACACCAUGCUGCUGUAAGUGGCUGCUUGUCCUGCACUGAGAUUCUGUGGGACUUUAAAGCCAACCUUGAUGCUCAAGAUGGAGAUGGGUCAACUCCAUUGAUUCUGGGUGCCCAGAUGAGCAGAGUCGAACUUUGUGCCUUCCUUUUGGAACGAGGAGCCAAUCCAAAUAUACAGGACAACCAGGGCAGAUCAGCACUGAUGUUGACCUGUGAGAGUGACAGCAUGGAAACUGUAGAGGUGUUAUUGAAAGGCGGAGCUAACCCACACCUUACCGAUGCCCUGGGGCACAACUCCGCCCACUACAGCAUCACCGCCGGCAACCACAACAUUACCCUGCUUCUGCAGAGCAUAGGCGUUUCCACAGCCACUGAGGGUUCGAGUGAGGAGCAGGCUCCUCCUCCUCCCAAUCCCCCAUCUAGUGGAACCACACCCCGCAAAAGGAAAGCCCCUCCUCCUCCUAAAUCUCCUGCUCAGGGCCCGCCCCCUUCCUCAGACGCCUCAAGCACGCCACCUCCCCCUGUCCCCACCCAGUCACCUGACUCACAGAGCCCCGCCCCGCCUUCUCCUGCCCCCAGGACCCAACUUGCCCCAUCUGAGAACCUUGUGGAGGAUGAGGAAGUCUUUGAAGAGAUCCGUAAGCUCAGGCUGGAGAGGGGUCGCCUGCUGCAGAAAAUCAAGGUUCUGGAGCAGCAGCAGAGCAGCGCCACCACUGCCCUGGCGGAGCUAAACUCUCUGAGAGAGCGUCUGAGCGAGGUUGAGGCAGAGCGUGACCGACUGCUGGCCGAGCUGGAGGAGUUGAGAGCAGCCCAGGUGAGCGGUGUGACCUGUGACUCUGAAGACGCGGAGGACUCAGAUGACAUGUUGGACUUCCCAGCAGAGAAGUUACUAUCUAAGCAAUCGCAAGGUCUGGAUGCUGAUUUGCCGGCUGAGGGCACCUCUCAAGAGAAUCCUGCCAUGGUAGACCAGCUUCGCAGAAAAGUGGAGGAAAUGACCUCCCAGAAUGCCGACCUGGUUCUCAAAGUGCAGAUGCUGGAAAUGUUUGAGAAGGAUGACACGGAUAUGCAGAGCUCGGGCCCAGAUUUUGUUCCCACAGCUCAGUAUGAAUCUUUAAGGAGAGAGUUUGAGGAACUACAGGAGAAAUACUCAAGAGCCCAGGCUUCAACUGAAGCUUCAAGCAUCGCAGAGGAUCCUGGAUCUGUGGAGAAAGAGGAGAAAGAUCAAAAAGCUCUGGAGGAACAGCUGGCCCAAGCCCAGGCCGAGUUAGAGGAAAUCAGAGAACAGAUGCGUCUGGGGGUCUAUUCAGUGGAGGAAGCAGGAGCGAAACAUGAAGGGGGCUCCGAGUCCCCUGAGAAAGGGGCAAAUCUGGAGAACCAGCAGGAGCUGGAGGCGGAGCUAGCUAGCAAGAAGACAGAUGGGGAGGGGCUUAGUGAAGGUGACAAUGACACCAUCCAACAGCUGAAACAGAGGGUGACAGAACUUGAGGCAGCUCUGCUAUUCACGAACAAGCACUUUCUGCACCUGUCGCCAGGCGGACGGACCUUAGAGGUGAUACAGGAGGAGCUGGAAGUUGCAAGGCAAGAUGCAGCACAAGCUCUGGACAGCCUUUGUGCCGAGAGAGAAAGCCGGGCUCAGGAUGUACUACAGCUGAGAGAUGCAAUACCGCUGGUGAAACACCAGGAGGUGCUGUCCGCAAUAGCCCAGCAGUUAGCGCAAACAGAAAAAGAGCUGCAAACAGAGCAGGCACUGCUUGAGCAAGCUCAAACUGAGCUCGCCAGACUGGAAUCUGAGCUGCAGGCUGUGCAAAAAGACUCAGUUAGCAAGGAAGAACAUGAUAAAGUCAAGGCAGAGCUAGAGCACUCUCUAGAGGAGAGUCGGCAGAGUGCAAGAGCGGCUCAGGAGUCUCUGAGUGAAAAAGAGACGGAACUGAAAGAGCUGCGAUCGCAGAAAGCUUUAGAACAGGGACUGGUAUCCAAAGAAGACCAUGAGGCCCAGAGACUCUCCCUACAGGCUGAGAUCAAUACCCUGAUGGCCCAGUUAGCCGAUCUAGCACGCAAGCACGAGAAGACAUGCACUGAGGUGUUCCAGGUGCAGCGGGAGGCUUUAUUUAAUAAGAGUGAGCGUCAGGUGGCUGAAUCCCAGCUGGAGGCAGUUAAAAAGCAGCUGGCGGAUCUUCAGGCCGAGUCCACCCACAUCCAACAGCUGCACCAGGACAUCCAAGACUCGCAGGGGCUCAUUAAGGAGAAAGACCGCAAGAUCACAGAGUUGUCUAAGGAGGUUUUUCGUCUGAAGGAGGCUCUGGGGGCUUUGACUCCUCCACUGGCACGUUCUCCAUCGCCACCAUCCUCAGGGAUACCUGGACAACAGUUGGCACUGCAGAACCGUGUAACCUCAUUAACACAGCAACUCCAGGACUGGGAGCGCAAACACAAGACUGUCGUUUCAAUAUAUCGUUCUCAUCUAUUAGCUGCUGUACAGGGCCGGAUGGAUGAAGAAGUUCAGGCGCUUUUGCUUCAAAUCCUCCGUAUGACACAGAAAGGUCAAAAUUAGUGCUUUGCAACUGACAGCAAUACAAAGAGUUCAAGUGACUGCUAUACGUACCCUUGAACCGAAGUGUAUCACCACUGUGCACCGCCAACAAGAGGCACUGAAACUGAAUGAGAAGAUAUAGUUUUGGAACAUGACAGAGAUGAUUAUAUUUCCUGUAUGUGAUGAUUUAUGAGGGACAACACAGAUACUUUUGUACCACAUUUCAAUAA